AUGGCUGUCCAUGCUGUGGAGAGUUUCCGUGACACUGCGGCACCCUCGGAAUUGGCGAAACCUAAUUACCAUGACGACGAUGACCUCAGCCAGUGUGUCCCUAUUCGGGAGCCCGUGUGCCAAGGUCUCCAGUACUCGGAGACACGAAUGCCCAACUGGGUGAAGAUGACAUCUCAGGAGGAGGCUGCCAAGCGGAUGAUUGAUUACCGCUCCUUGUUGAAUAUAAAUUGUUCACACUACCUCAACCUUUUCCUAUGUACUAUAUACUUCCCUAUGUGUACCAGAGUGCUGGUGAAGUCUGCCCUCAAACCAUGCAAACCUCUCUGCAUCCAUGUACGCAAUCGGUGUGAACCGAUAAUGCGACAGUUCCAAUUUAAUUGGCCAACGGAACUCGCUUGCGAUGACCUACCCGAACCGCCCGCUCUCUGUAUCGAGCCCGACGGCUAUGCACUAGAUUCACAAAAACCAGGACUUCCAGAUCUGUCUGCGAUAACGGUGCCUGAAGCCGAAUCGGGAGCCAUUAAUCCCAAUCUACGCUCACUCCAGCGUCUGUAUCCCCAACUAGAGGAAAUACUACGACAACGCAACCAGGACUCACGAAACUUAAACUCCUUGAUUCAGGCUGCUGUUGCAGCUGCUGACAAUGGCGCUGUCACUGUUGGUCAGGAUACAGCGUGUACGGGGACAGAGUUCACGGCGCGCCAUUUCUUCAAUAACACCUGUCUUGUUUACUGCGGUGCAGAUCUCUACUAUCGCGGCGCUGACAAAACAUUUGCACGAACCUGGCUGCUUACCUGGUCCUGUCUCUGUCUCGCCUCCACUGUACUUACCUUUCUAACAUUUCUCACGGACAUUUCUCGACUGCGGUAUCCAGAGCGACCGGUAAUUUAUCUCGCAGCCUGCUAUUUUGCUCUCGCACUCGGCUAUGUUCUGCAGUACUGUUUGGGCGCCGAAACAGUGACUUGUAAGUCGGUCAACCCCGUGGAGCCUGCAAACGCAGUGGGAAUAGGAACGGGGUCACAGUCGGAGGCGGUGGUAGAAAGCAAGAAGUAUCUUCUCAAGUCUGGACAAGAGGGAACCUGGUGCACUGUCGGUUUCCUCAUUACUUACUACUUCGGUAUGGCUAGCAACUUGUGGUGGGUAAUGCUCAGUCUGGCCUGGUAUCUUUCCACCGCACGCAAGUGGGGCCAUGAAGGCGUGGAGUCAGUGAGUCGUGUUUUCCAUAUGUUUGCUUGGGCACUACCUGCCAUUCAGGCAAUCCUUAUCCUCAUCUUACACAAAAUCGAUGCUGAUGAAUUGACAGGCACUUGUUACACCGGUUUCCACAGUGAAAAUGCACUUCUCUUCGGAGUUCUGCUCCCUCAGACGAUUUACCUGGCCCUGGGUCUAAUCCUCCUCAGUGUUGGCUUCGCGGCGGUCUUUCAGGUACGCCAGAAGUUGAAGGCACCCUCCAGAGUCGGCGAUCCUGAGCGUGACAGCCGGCGGAGGUUAGAAAAGUCAAUCGCCAAGCUGGGCGUCUUUGCCGUUCUUUACACAUUCCCAAUGGCCUGUCUGUUGGCAGGUAAUCUUUACGAAUACCUCGGCCAACCUAAAUGGAGAUCAGCCCUUGCAGCUUUACAUCGAGAUAAUCCUCACUGUCUGUCUUCCCGCGGCAUCGCUUGGGGUGUCGAUGAGUGUCAUCCGAAGAGCUCACCCUCACCAGAGGCUGCUUUGCUACGAAUAUUCAUGUCUUUGGUAGUGGGGAUCACUUCGGGGAUGUGGGUUUGGGCCAAUAAAAAAAGUUGCCGCAGUUGGCGCAACUUCUUCUGUCGCCGCGGUCGUUGGGAAUCAAGUCCUUUCGACAAACUCGACGGGGAGCACCACUCUCGCAGAAAUGUGGUUCCUUCCGCCUCUCUCCGUGUGCCGCAGCUAUUCAGUAGUUCUUCGCCGCCUGAUCGGGCUGUAACGGAUACUGUGUCCGCCGUGGCGCGACCUGCCAACCCGUUUGGCGGAUCAACCUUCGCCUCUGAUAUGUGUCGUAACUACCAGACAACGGGGUGCACCUAUUCAGCAGCUGGGUGUCAGACCUGUCUCACUGCACGGGAGAACGCGUGUGCCUCCGGGAUGUCACCUACCACACCUAGCUACACCUCUCAGACAGCUGACCUCUUCCCCCUAAAUUUGGAUGGUUUGACAGACUGCUACAUGCAACGUCCUGAAUAUCCCCUUUCGGCUUCCUCCGUUACUACCAACUUCCAUCCCAGCUACCCCUACACGGCCGUUUCUCAACAGACCGCGCAUCACCACCCACUCCCUCCGCCUACGUCCGUCGUCAGCGCCCUUGGGAUGAAACAGUUGAACAGUCGCCCAGUCAACAGCACGUCAGCAGUGUGUCAGUAG